CCAGCCUCUACAUUUCCCAGCCUCCAGCCUCUUCCCACGUUUUUUGAGACCAUUUCCUUUUGCAUCCCAACUGCCGCCCCAUGAUCGCGAACAUCAUCCAUCCCAUUCCACACAUCCACUUCUCACUUACAUCACCUGUAGCCAGAGCAACCAGAGACAUCACAAACUGAACCGUUUUAACCUCUGUGCAGUUGCCUGGUAUUGUUCAAACUCAUCAGGUCGCUUCAUCUCUUGAUACUCUGAUUGCCGGAGUCCAUCUAGAGUCUUUUACCUACAUCACCUUAUCCCCCUCUAACAUCAUCACCACCUCACCUUGGGGGCAACCACAACCCGACGUUAAAAAAAAAAAAAAAAAACGAUCCGCGCGCCCUCUCACCUUGAUCAACAGUUGCAUGCGCAAUUGAAGUCAACAAAUCUGAAUAGGAAGGAACGGUACACCACCACCAAACGACCCGGGCUGCCUGCCUGCCCUUUUCGACACAAUGGCCACCGCCUUCGCAGCAUCAACACCUUCACCUCCCCCUUCCAUUCGCACACCACCGACACCCAGACACGGCUGGAGCGACAACUGGGAGCCUUAUUCACCUCGCAAGUCGGCACGUAUCUCAUCUCGUCGAGCUGCAAACCGAACUCCUUCUCCGCAACCACCAACUCACCGCACUCCUCCUCGAUCAACUCGCAAGCCCAUCGCACCUUCCGCAGCCGCAGCUAUCAUGUCGCCUGCUGCUACACCUCAAAAGAAGCGCCAACCUGCGCAAGAUUCCGUUCGUCGCGCUUCUGGGUUUUUAACCGCCGACAGCUCGUCCCACGCUUCAUCGUCGCUCGGUAUUGACAAGAUGGAUCGCCAAUCGAACCACACCGCCUCGACUCGUCGCAGUGGCAUGCUGCCCACGCCAGCCAAGACGCCCAAGAAGGCACCUACCGAGAAGCAAACUGCGCACAUCAAGUCGGUCGCGCGCAAUCUGUUCGCCAACGACGACGAGGCGUUGGUCACACCCAAGAAAAAGCGAACCCCGAAGAAGUAUUCUGGCAAUUCGUUGGAGAGUUUCACGGCAACCGAAGUAGAAGAGAAGAUUGAGAUCUUCACCGAUUCGCAAGACCGGGUUCCUGUGCCCGACUCCAGCGUGGACAACCCGUUUUAUGGCGAUAGCGUCACCGUCGACAGAGAGCCUCCGCGCCGCCGCAGCAAGCGCAAAGUCGCGAUUCCAGGAGAAGCAGCGCAAGGCGUUGACGAUGCGCUUCAGCGUGAGGACGGCAUGGUGUAUGUUUUCCGUGGAAAGAAGAUCUUCCGCAAGUUCGCUGAGCCCGAAGAUGAAGACGACGAAGAGGGCAGCUCAAGCGAAUCUCGCCUUCGUAGACCGCUCACGCGUUCUGCCAUCAAGCCGCGCCUACUUUUCCCUGUCGCACCCAAGGCCCCUGCGAUAGGUAUCACUCUCGAGGAAGAGGAAGCUGUUACCGACAUCGAAGAUCACCAUCUUGAGGACGACGAAGAGGUUGAGGAAGCGCCAGAGACCCCGGCCGAGGUUGAAGAAGAGGCUCCAGCAACUCCCAAGGCACCCAAGUUUGGCCAGACGGUCGCAACCCCACCGUCGACCAGACGCACCACCCGCUCGGGAUUGAAGGCGGAAGAACCGUCACCGAUCAAACGCAAGACUCGCGCGAGUCCCUUUGAUGACUGGCCGCGUGUCAAGAGCCGCCAUGGAAGCAGUGCUACGAAGCGAGCGGGCGACGAGCUCGAAGCUUCUGCUCCUAAGCGAACUCGUACUUGAUUUCAUACUUGUACGAAUAAUUCAUCUUUAAGUAUCGAUCGUUGCACAAUCUAGCGACUUGGAGUCUGGGUCAUUACUUCGCUUCGAUCAGGAUUAUGGGAGGAGGAAAGCACAAUUCUCGAUAGGCUUUUGUGUAAUGGUUACUUUACUUCACUUUCUGGACAAGGGAAAAAGUGGCUGCGGGAUACUAGCGGUAUCCUCAGUCGGAUGCCCUUUUUCUACUAAGACUUUUUGUUUCCCUGGGUAUGGGACAAGAUUUGUAAAGCCUGCGAGGAAGGAUUGGGAUUACGGCGUUUGUUAAGCCUUCCAUCAAGGAAGGGCUGAGAUUGCGUGUAGGAAGAGGGCUGCGAUUAGCUCUCAAAAGUCUGCAGACCAGGACAACACGAACAACACGAACG